UAAACGUGUGAAUGAAAGAAAAGACAAGUCCAGCCCUGUUUGUGAAGAGGAAACACAGACAAAGUAGCGUCAUACGGGCUGUGUAACAUCACAUCGGGCCCGGCGCAUGCUGCAGAGAGGGAGGUGUGCCCUGCGCCCGCCUACACCACCAACACCACCAACACCACCAACAGCACCAGCACGUUUCCUUCCUCCCGUAAAGCAGCUUCCAAUGUUGUGAUCGGAGCCCGCCUGCAGACUCGUCGUCGCGCGGACAGCGAUGCUACACGGAGGCUAACACCGACCCGGAGAGCCGAGAGGAGCCGCGGUGCACGUCCAGGAUGCCCGCCGGGGUGUGUGGCUGCUGUGGCCCCCUCAGGCCUCGCUACAAACGCCUGGUGGACAACAUCUUCCCCGAGGACCCCAAAGAUGGGCUGAGCAAAUCGGACAUGGAGAAGCUGACCUUCUAUGCCGUGUCCGCCCCGGAGAAGCUCGACCGCAUCGGGGCGUAUUUGGCCGAGAGACUGAGCCGAGACGUGGUCCGCCAUCGCUAUGGGAACGUUGUGAUCGCGAUGGAGGCUCUGGACCAGCUGCUCAUGGCCUGUCACUCCCAGAGCAUCAAACCGUUCGUGGAGAGUUUCCUGCACAUGGUGGCCAAACUGCUGGAGUCCAGGGAGCCCGACCUGCAGGUGCUGGGAACCAACUCGUUUGUGAAGUUUGCCAACAUCGAGGAGGACACUCCGUCGUACCACAGGCGCUAUGACUUCUUUGUGUCUCAGUUCAGUGCCAUGUGCCACUCCACCCACGAGGACCCCGAAACCCGCACCAGGAUCCGAGUGGCCGGGAUCAAGGGUCUCCAGGGAGUCGUGCGAAAGACGGUGAACGACGAGCUGCAGGCCAUCAUCUGGGAACCUCAACACAUGGACAAACUCAUCCCGUCCAUGCUCUUCAACAUGCAGGACAGUGAGGACAUGGACAGGCCGGGCCACCCCUCGUCCCCCUCGGCCCCUGCAGGAGGCCCUGAGCUGGAGGAGAACCCCGGGGCGCUGGCUGAGAGCUGCUUCAGAGAACUGCUGGGGAGAGCUGCUUACGGGAACAUGAACAACGCCGUGCGGCCCGUCCUCGUACACUUGGACAAUCAUCACCUGUGGGACCCCAAUGAGUUUGCAGUGUCCUGCUUCAGGAUCAUCAUGUACUCUAUACAGGCCCAGCACUCGCACCAUGUGAUCCAGCAGGUCCUGAGUCACCUGGACACCCACCAGAAGGACACGGCCCGGGUCAGAGCGGGCAUCGUGCAGGUGCUGCUGGAGACUGUGGCCAUCGCUGCCAAGGGCUCAGUGGGCCCCACGGUGCUGGAGGUCUUCAACACUCUCCUGAAGCACCUGCGUCUCAGUGUGGACUUCGAGCUGGGAGGAGACUCCAGGAGGAACUCAGCCAUCAGCCUGUCGUCAGGACAGAGAGGCAAAGAGAGCGAAGAGCGCUACGUGCAGAACGCCAUCAUCCAGACCAUAGGGUUUUUCGGGGGGAACCUGCCGGACUAUCAGAGAGCAGAGGUGAUGAUGUUCAUCAUGGGGAAGGUGCCUGUGUACGGGACGCCCUGCCACACCCUGGACACGGUCAAGAUCGGACAUCAGGGCACCAAGCGUAUCCAGACCAUGCUGCUCAGCUCGCUCAUCAUGGUAACGUCCGGCUUCAAGUCCAAGUCAAUGUCCGCGGCGCUGCCCUCCACCUUCCUCGACCCGCUCUUCUCCAUCUCGCUCAUGGAGGACAGCGAGCUCCGCCAACUGGUGCUGGAGAUCCUGCACAACAUCAUCGAUCGCCACGACAACCGCGCCAAGCUCCGAGGCAUCAGAAUAAUCCCCAACGUGGCUGCUAUAAAAAUCAAACGAGAGAAGAUUUCCAAACAGGACGUGGCCUUUAUGAAAAAGCACGGGCAGCAGCUCUACCGGCACAUCUAUCUGGGCUGUAAGGAGGAGGACAACACCCACAAGAACUUCGAGCUGCUCUUCACCACGCUGGCUGUGCUGACCAUCGAGCUGGCCAACGAGGAGGUGGUCAUCGACCUGAUCCGACUGGCUCUGGCUCUCCAGGACAUGGCGGCUCUGAACGAGGAGAACCUGCCCAUGUGGCCGCGCUGUGGCAUCAUGGCGCUGGUGGCGGCUUACCUCAACUUCCUGAGUCAGAUGAUCGCGAACUCUGCUUUCUGCCAGCACGUCAGCAAGGUGAUUGAGCUGAGGACUCUGGACGCUCCGUACCUGCUGCCUGAGCACAUCUUCAGAGACAAGUGUCCUCUGCCUGAGACUCUGGAGAAGGAGGACACACAACUGUACUUCCAAACCUCUGAACUGGCCGAAUGUCUGUCAGGACCAGGCUACAACUCCGAGAGACUGUCCAUCCCCUACGUCCCCCAGGUCACAGAUGAAGACCGUCUGACCAGGAGGAAGAGCUUUGUGGACACCAUCUCUCUGCAGGUGGACAUCAUGUCCAGCAGUCUCCCUGACAAGUCUCAGCUGGCAGAAGAGAUCACGUUUGAGACGCUCAAGAAAGCCAUCGACACCACAGGGCUGGAGGAGCAGGAGAGGGAGAGGAGACGUCAGCUCAUGGAGAAGUUCCAGAAGGCCCCGUUUGAGGAGAUCGCCGCUCACUGCGAGUCCAAGGCGACCAUGCUGCACGACAAACUGGCUCAGAUCUUUGAGCUCACAAUACGCCCUCCCCCCAGCCCGUCUGGAGUAAACCUGUCCAGCGGUCACCCCCAGCACCAGUCUGUCCCCGUGUACGAGAUGAAGUUCCCCGACCUGUGCGUCUACUGACCACUUAGCCCCGCCCCCUGCAGGCUGCGGCGCGCCCCUUCCAGACACGCCUCGGCCGACCGCAGGACUCCGCGCUGUACAUAGCCACCGUUGAAAAAAGCACUUAUCAUCACUUUAUGUCUACAGCUCGCAGACAGUGACAUUUGAAUCUAGAUCAAAUUCUUUUAACAUGCUUCCAUCUGAGCCAUUGAACGCACCACCAGCCCCGCUUGCGGUUCAGUUAAAUCCUCGAGUCUUGACGCACAGAUUAUUAAAGCAGACAUAUUGUGCAAAGUUGACGGGAGUUUUCCUCCUCACUGACGCGCUGAAGUUGUAUUUAAGAGAGAUUCGUGCAUUUUUGAGUCGUCGUUAUUCUCCUGUUUUCAAGACAACGCGGGUGUAGUGGGCGAGGGGACGACGAAAGAUAAAAAAACAAAAAAAAAAAAACUAAAAUAAAAUAACUACAACUACAACUUAAAUGUCAAACCGGAGCUAUUGGGAAUGGUGAAAAUAAACUGCAUAAGCUCAUGAAAUCUGCACUACUGUCCUAUAGAGAUCUAAACCAGGACUAAAACAGGUCUAAAACAAGACUGAACCAGGACUGAACCAGGUUUAAACCAGGUGUAAAACAGGACUAAAACAGGUCUAAAACAAGACUGAACCAGGACUGAACCAGGACUGAACCAGGUUUAAACCAGGUGUAAAACAGGACUAAAACAUGAGGACUAAACCAGGACUGAACCAGGAGGAAUAAACCAGGAAUAAACCGGGACUGAACAAGAAGUAAACCAGGACUAAACCAGGACUGAACAAGGACUGAACAAGGACUAAACCAGGACUAAACUAGAAAUAAACCAGGACUGAACCAGGAGGAAUAAACCAGGACUGAACUAGAACUAAACCAGGACUAAACCAGGACUAAACCAGGACUAAACUAGAACUAAACCAGGACUAAACCAGGACUGAACAAGGACUAAACCAGGACUAAACCAGGACUGAACCAGGACUAAACCAGGACUAAACCAGGACUAAACCAGGACUGAACCAGGACUGAACCAGGACUAAACCAGGACCAAACCUGCACUAAAACAGGACUGAUCUCAGGACUAAACCUAGUCCUAAAACAGGACUAAAUCAAGACUGAACCAGGACUAAAACAGAACUGAACCAGGACUGGGUGUCGGGAUGGGCCUGGGGAUGCACCUAUGUAGACCGUCGGGUGACCACAGGAGAAAGAACCGGUGCAGAGUCGCCCGAUGGCGCUUUGUGAGCUCCCUGCUCCACGAGCUCGGGGUUCUCCCUCUGUCUCAAGUCCAAGAU